UCAACGGUGUUUGAGUGGAACACUGAACUUUUCGGUGUCUCGUCAGAGUCUACUGAAAAACGUUUAUCAGAUGGGCGUCGGCGUUAAGCCCCAUCAAGAUACGAUUUUUAUGGCGGAUUAGUGGUUUUCGGGUCAAAAAGGCCUCCACUUUGAGUGGAGUGGAGUGGUGGAUGGUACAGGUUAGAGAGCAAACGAGAGGCCGACACGACGCGCGCGCGCGCGCGGGGCGGCAUGAAGGGCGCGGGGGCGGCGGAUGACGGCGACGUGGAGCUGCUCAAAGCGGUGGCGCAGGCGUGGCACGCGCAGUCGGGGAACCCGCGGGCGGCGGCGGCGGCGGCGCAGGGGGCGGACGACGGCGGCGGCGUAUCAGGCGGUCGCGGCGCGGGAGGUGGAGGCUCGCGGCGGCACAGGCCGUCACGGUUCAAGCUGGAGGCCGCGGCGGCGGCGGGGUCGCGGGACACGCGCGGCGGCGGGCGGGUGGCGUGGGACUUCGCGCAGUCGCUGUGGGACACGUACGAGCUCGUCGCCGUGGCGCGGAAGCUCGAGUCCGGCCUCGUCCUCGCCGACCAUCCCGGCGCCCAGGAGCGCGCCGCCAUCACGCACCGGCAAGGAGGAGGAGGGGUGAAGCGCGCGAGGGAGAGCAGCCGCAGCCUGAGGAACAUGUUCCUCCGGUCCUCGUCCAGGAGGUUCGAGGAAUCAAGCAGCUAGUGCUCUCUCUCCUCUCUUCCCUGUCUCUCGCACUCAACAACUCACAGAGCUCUGCAAAUUAUCAGAGCUAAUGUCACAAGUGUAAAGCUUCCCAAUGCCAUUUCAUAGAACAAUCAAAACACAGAACUUGUCAGAGCUAAUGUCACAAGUGGAAUGCUUCAUUGCACUAAAAUUGUACUUGUACCUACAAUCCAUCCAUUCAGUCAGAACUCAGAAAUGGUGUCAGGAACACAGAGAUUCUUAAACAGGGACACACCAGAACCCUGAAAAUUUGUGAUGAGAUACAACAUCCAAACAGACACACAUGAAUGGCACAAGAACAUGUAUUUUUGUGCUACUUUUUAUUCUGUUAUUCAAGACCUGCAUUUGCAGUGUAAGUGAAGGCAAGGUUCAGAUCUGAGGCCCUCCACUCCCUCCAGUUCCAGUGGGGGUGGUGGGGUGAAAUGCACCAUCAGCAGCAGCUGGAGGAUCAGCUGCUUGCGCGACGGCAACGGUAGCGGUUCCACCGCUUGUCUGGAUCGUGCUCACCGCAUCAGUUGCUGCACCACCGUUCACUGGCAAAGAGCUAUUUGUAAUGGCAUGUAUCUAAUUAAUCUUUUCUUUUUGGGUGCCCGGGUCAGCUGAAAUGCUACUUACCAAGGGUUUAUUCUUUAUUGGGAAUUAAUAUGACAAAACACAGUACGUCAAGAAAC